UGUGAAGUUAAAAAGAAACUGAGAUCAUUUAUUUUCAUUAUACUCUAAUCGAGAACUUAAUUUUAUCUGAUGCCUGAUGAAUUUUACUGCAAGCAUGAUUUUGUGUGAAAUAUUGCUCUGUUUGCAGUGUCUCUUCUAAACAGUUUUUGCAUAAUAGUUCAGUAAUUUACAAACGGGCUCGGACAUCAGGUGCGCGUUCGGGUGCGCGUUCAGGUGCGCGUUCGCGGGAGUCGGUGCGGAGCUGAUCAGAGACGAACACGAUCAUAAUCGAGCUCUUUUACACUUAUUUUGUUCCACCACUGCCUUCACUUCACCCUUUGACCUGAAGGACAGUAAGCAUUGCUUUGCAUUCAUGGAGGCCUCUGAGGGAUUAUGGGAUGCCGCCUCCAUCUACAUCAUCUCAGAUCUGGUCUCCUGCAUUAACCAGACCAACAGCACAAACUCCAGCACAGUGGGGGGCAUCGUCCUGUUUCCUUAUUACCAGCAUUCUCUGCCGACGGCUGCGCUCUUCACGCUGGCGUAUCUCUUCAUCUUCCUGCUGUGUCUGAUGGGAAACGGUCUGGUCUGUGUGAUAGUCCUGAGGAACCGGCACAUGAGAACCGUCACCAACAUCUUCAUCCUGAAUCUGGCCGUCAGCGACCUGCUGGUCGGGAUCUUCUGCAUUCCCACGACACUAGUGGACAACCUCAUCACAGGCUGGCCUUUCAGCAACACAGUAUGUAAACUGAGUGGUCUGGUGCAAGGAACGUCCGUCUGUGCCUCCGUUUUCACAUUAGUCGCCAUUGCUGUGGACAGGUUUCGCUGCAUCGUUCACCCGUUCAAGCCCAAACUUACGCUCUUUGUGGCAAAGGUGUCUAUAGGGACGAUAUGGGUGCUCGCGCUCACCAUAAUGUUUCCCUCCGUGUUAAUGUUGACCGUCGAGCAAGAAAAAGGGCAUGUCAUGGUAUAUAUUUACAGUUUGGUUCACGGUGACAACAGCACAUACCCGCUGUACUCCUGCUACGAGACCUGGCCCGACCCGGAGAUGAGGAAAGUGUACACUACCGUCCUGUUCCUACACAUAUACGUCAUUCCCCUGGCGCUCAUCGUGCUCAUGUACGGCCGGAUCGGAGCAAAGCUGUACGCCACAGCCGUCCUGGCCGAGCAGCCCGAUGUUCCCGUGUCUCAAAGGAAGAUCCGAGUGAUAAAGAUGCUGAUUGUGGUGGCUCUGCUCUUCAUGCUGUCCUGGCUGCCGCUGUGGACGCUCAUGCUGCUGACCGAUUACGCCAGUCCAGACGAGGACAAUCUAGAGCUCCUCACUAGCUAUAUAUUCCCUCUCUCUCACUGGCUGGCCUUCUCCAAUUCCAGCGUAAACCCUAUUAUCUACGGCUACUUCAACGAGAACUUCAAGAGAGGCUUCCAGGCCGCGUGUCAGCAUCAGGCUUGUUGCUGGGGCCGAAAGAAGACGAGAUUCAGCAUCAAACGGCCCAGAGCCGGAAGCCCUUUGAAUACGGCUGGUAGCGGUCACCCGCUCAGCUUAGGCUCGAGAACGAACCGGAUCUUCACCGAAAGUGACCUGACGGGAUGUGUUCGUCUGGAGAUGGACACCAAGGGCUCUUCGGCCGAAGGCGGAAACAGCAGCAUGUCCACAAAAAGGGAAAUUCACUUUGAAGAGAUCGAGAAAGUGUCUUCAGCAGGAGGGAAAAUAUAUAACGCCUGGGAGCGUUGAUUUAUCAGCCAUCCUGAUUAAUCUGCUGAUUUAUUGGCGCUGACAUGGUUCUGGUUUUAAUUCUCAAUUUCUUAGUCACAUUUAUUUCUGUAGCGCUUUAUACAAUACAAAUGGCUUCAAAACAGCUUCACAGUAAUGAACAGGAAAAUGACAUUCAAUUAUGGAAACAAGUUAUGGAGAAAAUUCGUAUUUUGCUGCAAAGCAGCCCUAAAAGACAAUAAUGAUAA